AUGUGCUCCCGCCAGGACAAGGACCAGUGCCACCAGCAGGAACGCUCCUGCUGCCACAGCGGCGGGUCCAGUUGCCACGGGAGCAGUGGCGGAUCUGGUUGCCAUGGAAGCAGUGGCGGAUCCAGUUGCCAAAGGAGCAGUGGCGGAUCUGGCUGCCAUGGGAGCAGCGGAUCCGGUUGCCACAGCAGCAGUGGAUCUGGUUGCCACGGGAGCAGUGGUGGAUCUGGCUGCCAUGGGAGCAGCGGAUCUGGUUGCCACGGCAGCAGCGGGGGAUCCUGCCAUGGAAAGCAGCAGGAGUGCCAGCAGCAAAUCUACCAAGUGUCCUCAAAUAUGAAGUGA